UUUAUAAGUGACACUGACUUGUAGUUGUUUAUUCCUUGUUUAUUAGUCAACUGAAGGUUAGGCUUAUCAGCAUUACUUAGAACAACAGAACGAAAAAAAGCAAGUCGAGAAGUGUAAGCUCAUCUCCAGAAUUAGUAGUGUAGCAGUAGUAACAAUCUUCAAUGAAAUAGAUUAGCAAACGUAAUUGGACUACGAACAUUAUGCAUGAAACAGUUGAAUAUCUGGCCACUGGUGCUACUUUAGGUGUGUUGGCUAUAUUACUUGUUUUAUUCCUUCUUAUAUUAUGUCUUCCAUGGCAAAAGUGUGAUCGAUAUUGUGCCUGUUGUCGAUGUUGGCUUCUUGGAUCUGAAGAAAAUUAUAAUGGUCAAUCAGAUGAUGCAUUUCGUGCAGGAAGAAUGCCUGGAGAAUUUCCUAUGCCAAUGUUUGACUUUAUCCCCCCGUGUGCACUACCUAAAUUGCCUAAUUAUGAAGAAUGCUUGAAUACUGGUCCACCAGCUAAUGAUGAAGCUCCGCCUCCUCCAACUCCUCUACCAUUCCAAACUGUUUCUGCCAGCGAUCAAAAUUUCUCACGAUUAGUUGUCCAUAGUCGUCCAGACCUACGUCAUAAUAGUGAUGAUACUCAAACACUGCCUAGUCCUGCAUCAACACCCCCACCUACAUAUUCUUCAACAUGGUUGAAUAGACCAUCAACAACAACAAGUCGAACAACAGAACAAGAUCAGCCAAGAUCACGUGAAAAUUCAGCCCCUAUCAUAUCACGACAAUCAUCAGCAAAUCUUUAA